AUGUCUGGAGCAGGAGCCACCGCGGGAGCCGCUGGGGCGGGUUUUGGCGCUGCGCCUCAACGGAACUAUGAGGAGCGGGCACAGGCGCGCGAGCACAUGAUGAACAAUAUUCGCGAGACGUCCCAGCAGGACCGCCGCGUCUACGUUGGCAACUUGUCCUACGACGUUAAGUGGCACCAUCUCAAAGACUUCAUGCGGCAGGCCGGAGAGGUGCUUUUCGCUGAUGUGUUACUACUUCCCAAUGGAAUGUCGAAGGGAUGCGGAAUUGUGGAAUAUGCGACACGGGAUCAGGCUCAAAACGCCGUUGCGACACUCAGCAACCAAAACCUCAUGGGUCGGCUCGUUUACGUUCGUGAAGAUCGCGAAGCCGAACCACGGUUUAUUGGUGCCACUGGCGGCCGCGGUGGGUAUGGCGGCGGCCCCGGAGGCCCCGGAGGCAUGCAGGGCCAAUUCGGCGGUCACGGCAUUGGUGGGCCUGGCGGUGGUUACGGUGGGCCUGGCGGACCAGGCGGUGCCGGUGGCAACCGCCAAAUCUAUGUGUCCAACCUUCCCUACACGGCUGGAUGGCAGGAUCUGAAAGACCUUUUUCGUCAGGCCGCCCGCAACGGAAAUGUCAUCCGUGCUGAUGUCCACAUGGGACCUGACGGCCGUCCCAAGGGUUCUGGCAUCGUCAUGUUCGAACAUCCUGACGAUGUUCGGAACGCUAUACAGCAGUUCAACGGCUAUGAUUGGCAAGGGCGCCAAAUCGAGGUCCGCGAGGAUCGCUUCGCGAUGCAGCAAGGUGGCGGUUUUGGUGGACGCGGUGGUUUUGGCGGCCGUGGCGGCUUCGCAGCGGGAGGUUUCGGGGGCCGUGGUGGCUUCGGCGGCCGCGGCAACUUUGGCGGUUUCGGCGGCCGGGGCGGUUUCGGUGGUCACGGUGGUGGUGGCCAUGGCGGCUUCCAAGGCCCUCCUGGCGGCGGUGGCGGCUUCGACGGUCCUCCAGCUGCUCCCAACCCUUUCACGGACUAUGCCACAUCUGGCACCGAUCCCAGCGAGAUCAUCUACGUGCGCAAUCUUCCAUGGUCCACUAGCAACGAAGAUCUCAUAGAGUUGUUCACAACCAUCGGUAAGGUUGAGCAAGCCGAGAUUCAAUAUGAGCCUAGCGGGCGUUCCCGGGGCACUGGUGUCGUGCGAUUCGACAGCACGGACACCGCCCAGACAGCCAUCACGAAGUUCCAAGGUUACCAGUAUGGUGGACGACCUCUCGGUCUCAGCUUCGUCAAGUAUAUGACACCGGGCGCUGGAGACAGCAUGGAUACCGAUGCUCAUGGAGGCUUGACGCAGGACCAGAUCAUGUGA